AUGCAUAAUUUCCUUCUUACCUUUGCAGUGCUGCUUGCGGUGCUACACGCUGGUCCCGUCGAACUCCUCUACUACUUGUUCCACCGUGCGCUACACCACCAUUUGCUGUACACACGCUACCACUCGCACCAUCAUGCCUCCAUCGUCACCGAGCCCAUCACAUCUGUUAUCCAUCCAUUUGCUGAGCUCUUGGCCUAUCAACUUCUGUUCUCGAUCCCAAUGAUCACCUGCGCAUUAACUGGAACUGCUUCCAUUAUCACAUUCGAGAUAUAUCUGAUUUACAUUGACUACAUGAACAACAUGGGCCACUGCAACUUCGAUUUGGUCCCUUGUUGGCUCUUCAAAUGGUCCCCCCCCCUCAAGUAUCUCAUAUAUACGCCAUCGUUUCAUUCUCUUCACCAUACUCAGUUCCGGACAUACUACUCUCUUUUCAUGCCAUUCUAUGACUACAUAUACAACACCAUGGAUAAGUCAUCGGACACAUUGUAUGAAAACUCACUUGAGGACAAAGAAAAAGAACUAGAUGUGGUUCACAUUACCCAUCUUACCAAUCUACAGUCCAUCUAUCAUAUCAGGCCUGGCUUAGCUCAAUAUGCCUCCAGGCCUUAUACUUCCACAUGGCAAAUAUGGAUCAUGUGGCCUGUGUCAUGGCUAUCCAUGGUCCUCACUUGGGUGUAUGGUUCUUGGUUCACUGUUGAGAGGAAUGUCAUGAAGGAACUCAACAUCCAGUCAUGGGCCGUGCCAAGAUACAACUUCCAUUAUGGAUUGAACUGGGAGAAGGAAGCAAUUAAUAGCCUGAUUUUAAAGGCCAUAUGGGAAGCCAACAAGAAAGGGGCUAAAGUCGUUAGUCUUGGACUACUGAACCAGUCCCAAAGCCUCAAUGGAAGUGGGGAACUCUAUCUGCAGAAGUUCCCAAACUUGGGGGUAAAACUGGUGGAUGGCACCAGCCUAGCUGCUGCAGCUGUUGCCAAUAAUAUCCCCCAAGGCACAGAUCAAGUUCUUCUUUCUGGAAAUAUUUCAAAGGUGGCCCGUGUUGUGGCUGCAUCAUUGUGUAAGAAAAUUAUCAAGGUAUUGUUAACU